UACAUGGCAUCGAGACAGGGAAAGGUCAGCCUGUGUCUACUCAACCUCUCUUUCGCCAAAGAAUCGAACCAGCAAAGGUAGACCAUUUUAUAGAGUACAUAUCCCAACCAGAAUUCUUACAAGAUGUUGCUUUUGGAACCAAAACCAUGAAGCUCGACUCAGGAGAAAAUAUUUUGAUUCCGGCGGUCAUGCAUCAGAACGAUGAUACCAUCACGAAUUAUUUCUCAGUACAAAAGCUACUGCGUGUUCCAUCAGUUCCAGCCAGCUAGUGAUCGAUCGCUAUGGAGAAUGCUUCAAGUAUGUUCUGCAUCCAUGCAAAAGUCUCUUCAAGGACUAGACAACCUGACUGCAGAAGGGACUGAGGCUUUUGAUAACGUGAUGAAAGUCGUAGAUUCCCUCGUGGAAAACGGAGCUGGUGAGCAAUGGGGUAAAGUAGCUCAAAAACAACAGGUAGAAGGGAAAAGGUAUCUAAAGGCUGACUAUAAAUCACAUGCUAGCAGUAACGAGCACUGUAAAGACCAUUGCAUCAAAUAUGCCCUCAGCGACCCAAACGCUGUUGCUUUGUCAAGUGAUUGUCAACACAACCAUGAUGUAUUAUGCGAAAGAUGUGAAUCCCUAAAAAGCGUUCUUCAAGAUAUCAAUGAAAAAAUCGAGGCUGUCGAGAUUACAUAUACUGAAGAACAGCGAGCAAUCAAGAGGUUUGAAGUGCAGAAUGUAUUCGUUCUAUCAAUGCCUGGAAAUCACAUUUACUGCGACUCAUCAAUCAAGACCAAGCAAAGCAACAAGCCCUAUCCAACCUCACUGAUGACGUUUGCCUAAUCGUUAUGGACUGGGCUAUGAAGUUCCUACCCCAGCGUUAUCGAGAGCGCAUGAGCGACUUCUUCGGCAAGAAAGGGAGAAGUUGGCACGUCKCUGCUGUAAUCACCAAACAGGACGGAGCAUACCACGUUGAGUGCUAUGUACAUCUCUUUAAUGUUUGUGUUCAAGAUGCCUUUUCAGUAACAUCUAUUGUCGAAAACCUGUUUCAUGCUGUCAGACAAGAUUAUCCUUCCAUCAAGAAAGCCUACAUGCGCUCAGAUAAUGCUUCAUGCUACCACAAUGGCCCUCUUCUACUAAGCCUACCAUACAUUGGCAAGAGAACUGGUAUUACGCCUUUGAGAUACGACUUUUCAGAUCCUCAAGCAGGAAAGGACAUCUGCGACCGCAAAGUUGCCCCAAUGAAAGCUCAUAUCAGAAGGUGGGUAAACGAAAAGCAUGAUGUUACUUCAGCCGAGAAUAUGAAAGAAGCUCUCGAGUCGCAUGGUAGCCUCAAAGGAUGUCGAGUUGCUGUAGCCAAAGUAAAUCCUUUGAGAGAUAAUGGUAAAGAUAACAAGAUACCAGGAAUAAGUCUUUUGAACAUUUUUUCUUAUGGGAUACGAGCCUGGCGAAGUUUUAACAUCGGACCAGGACGUCUGAUCAAGUACAAGGAGCUUCAAAUUCAGGCCCAACAGGAAACUGGCUUAGAAAUUGUCCAGCCAUUUAGCUCCCGCACGAGAGAACUUGGUUUAGUAGCUGCACGGCAUGCCGAAAACCCUGUGAUCAAGCACGACAUCUACUCAUGCAGUGAGACUGAUUGCAUUUUGACUUUCAAGACUAGAGAUGAAGCAGAAGCACAUAUGGACACUGGAAAGCACGUGAGAACAACUGAGAAGGAAUCCAUGUAUGGCUCAGUAAGGAAAACAUGGGCUGAGAAAGUGACUGGUGUAAAAUUUGUAGGGACAACAGCAGAGAGUGUCCCACGAUCCAACCAAGAACAAGAGCACUCAAAGAUCGAAGAAAAUGAAACGGCUAUUGGAUGGGCAUUAAAGAGCACGAGGACAUGCAAACAAUUAGGAAAGAAAGCCAAAAUGUUUCUAAUCGAACAGUUUGAUUCAGGUGUGGCAACGGGCCUGAAAGUAGAUCCCUCUCAAGUUUCAAGGGAAAUGAAAGAAGUAAAAGACAGAAAUGGAAAGCCUCUUUUCAAGCCACAGSAAUGGAGGACAGCACAGCAAAUAAAGAGUUUUUUCUCGCGUCUGUCAGCCAAGCGGAAACAACAGCAAAUGAAUCCGAGCGAUGAGGAAAUCGAGCUAUCAGAUGAGGACAUAGAAGCUCUAGAAGCCGAGGAGUCAUUAGAAAGCCUUAGAAAUGCUGUUUUUCAAGACAUGAAUGUCCCCAGUCAUCCUGUUACAACUGGAAAAAGAAAUUUGUGUCAGUUGUCCUAUGAAGGGAAACUGAAUAGCCUCCAGAUAGUUSAUCUGCAAACCAUUUGUGAAAGCCUGGAAAUUCAAGUUGAGKGGCCAAAGAAAAGAAAAAGGACAUACGUAGAACCAAUUGAACAGUUCUUACUUGUAUGCUCGUGCAAGAACACCUAGUUGGAGGAGUAGUUAUAUAAUGGUAGAUAGUUUCUAGAUAUAACUGUUCGCGGUAUCGGGAUUUCAGUUCAACUUAAUUUAACAACCUUUCAAUCUCAGAUCUAGAAAUUGGUUGAUAUGUGUGGAUACAGCGAUCGGACACGUCUACAUGACGGCACUAAUCAUUUCAGUGUAUUGCGUUACAAUUUACAUGGAAAACCAUGACAAUUCAUUAAUUAAAACGACGUCGAGGAAACGAAUCGAACAUAAUGCUUGUGCAAUAAUUUGUGCCUUUUUGCUUCUUUUAUUGUAGUAAUUAAGUCUUAGUCAUGCGU